AGACGCACUUCCGGCGGAAUCCCCUCGCUCCGCUUCCUUUCCCCCGCGGAGCUCGGCGGCAGGAUGAGGAUCGAGAAGUGUUACUUUUGCUCCGGGCCCAUCUACCCGGGGCACGGCAUGAUGUUCGUCCGCAACGACUGCAAGGUCUUCCGAUUCUGCAAAUCCAAGUGCCACAAGAACUUCAAGAAGAAGCGCAACCCCCGGAAGGUUCGGUGGACCAAAGCGUUCCGGAAGGCGGCUGGGAAGGAGCUCACCGUGGACAACUCGUUUGAAUUUGAAAAGCGGCGAAACGAACCGGUCAAAUACGAGAGAGAGCUCUGGAACAAGACUGUCGAUGCAAUGAAGAGAGUGGAAGAGAUCAAACAGAAACGGCAAGCUAAAUUCAUCAUGAACCGGUUGAAGAAGAGCAAGGAAUUACAGAAGGUUCAAGACAUCAAAGAAGUCAAGCAAAGCAUCCACCUCAUUCGGGCUCCUCUGGCAGGAAAACGGCUGGAAGAGAAAAUGGUACAGAAACUGCAAGAGGAUGUGGAUAUGGAAGACGCUUCGUAGGAACCGCGAAGUGGACUUUAUCGACUCUCCGCUCACCCAUCCUCCCCCUCAGCGGACGGUUUGAAAACCUCUUAGAGACUGGGGACGUGUUGACGUUUUUUUCUCCCUCUUAGUCAAAUGGGAAAACGCUUCCCUUCCAUCCUUCCACACCUGUGUGCAGACCUUCAGGUAAAUUGUUCCAGAUGGCUAGUGAGGUAGGGAGGGUAAGCCCUCCGCUGAACGGCCACUCUUCCGGAAACCGUGAGAGACUCGAUCGUAAUUACAGAAAUGUCGUAAUGGUCACAAUCUGGCCUCUUCACAUGGGUAAUGGCUCCUGGCCGUAUUUAUGUAAAACCUGCAAUUCCCCCAAGCCUUAUGACCAAUAAAACAUCCUGCUGGCGAUAA